GGGCUUCCUCUUUCAGGCUUGGUCACCACUGCAGCAACCAUCAUCGUGGGACAUUUGGGUGAGAGGCAAUUGGCGGCCGUUGGAUUGGCCAUCAGCCUGGCUAACGUCUCAGGCUACACGGUGCUGGUCGGGCUUUCAUCCACACUGCAGACCACGGCUGGACAAGCCUAUGGCGCCAAGAACUUCGAAGAAGUGUGCUUAAGCCUUCAAAGAUGUCUGUUACUGUGUACCGUCGUCCUUGUUGUCGUUGGGGUGCUGUGGCUGAACAGCAAGUCUUUCCUCAUAGCCACAGGGCAGGAGGAGGCAGUUGCAGACCUCGCGGCGAGCUAUUUACUGUAUCUUUUCCCAGGUCUUUGUUGUUACAUGGUAACGAUAUGUCUGGAGAAUUGGCUGGCAGCGCAGCGGAUAACCACUGUACAAGGGACUGGCGGGUUAAUCCUCUUGACCGGCUUCGUGCCGUUGUGCUGGAUCUUGGUGCAGCCACUUCACAUGGAAACCAAGGGUGCUGCCAUCGCGACAUCGCUGGGACAUCUGUUCUUGAUGCUGUGGAUGGUUGGUCAGACCUUUAUCGCCAUCCGCUCUUCCCUAACGAUGUCAUGGCAGGGCCUCUCGCGCCGAGCUUUCACGGAUUGGUGCCCUUUCCUCCACCUGGCAGUGCCGAGCCUCUUUGUCAUCUCGAAGCGCUGGGCCACGGAGAUUAUCGUCCUGCUGUCCGGGACCCUGCCAGACCCCGAAGCCAAUUUGGCAGCCAUGACGAUCUUUGCCAACACUUGCGCGAUUCUAUCAAUGCCGCCCCUGAGCUUGGGAUGUGCAGGGAACACCCGCGUCAGCAACGAGCUGGGUGCCGGCUGCCCCUGGGCGGCGCACUUUGCAGCCAAAGUCAACUACAGUUUGGGGCUCUGCCUGGCCUCGCUGCUCUCUGCCGCGAUCCUGGCGGGUCGCUGCCUGUGGAUUCACUUCAUCACCUGCGAGAGGGAGGUCGAGGACCACACCAAGCACAUUUUGGUCAUCUGUCCGCUGUAUGUGGCCCUGGACUGCAUGUGCACAGUGACGAAUGGUGCUUUGAAGGGAUGUGGGCGUCAGCUGCUGCUGGCGCCGGUGGUCCUGGCUUCAUACUUUCUCAUCGGCAUACCGUCUGCUUGGCUCUUUGCGUGGCCAGGCCACAUGAGUGCCAAGGGCUUAGCCCUUGGAUCCUCUGUUGGGACCUUUGCUCACUGCGUGGCCGUCUCGGUCAUUCUGUGGACCACGAAUUGGGUGCUUAUGUCGAGGGCAGCCAGGGUUGUGUCCACAGAGGACAACUGUUCCGGUACCUGCAGGAGCAGUGGUACGGAGACUGACGUCUCCGGAGACUGUUCGUGGUUUAGCUUUGAUUGCUUCGAAGGCUGCAAGCUUUCGGAGGUCUCUAGCUGCGACUGGAAGGAAGAUGAGGGCAGAGAGCCAGACGCCCGGCGGAGCGUCCGCCAGGAGAUGCUGGAUCAAUUGCGUUUAGCGGCGCCCAUCUGCCUCGGCCUCUUGGCCAACCGGUUCAUGGCCACGACCUCCACGGUGAUUGUUGGUCACUUGGGCGAGAAGGAGCUCGCAGCUGUAGGGCUCGCCGUCAGCUUGGCAAACGUCUCGGGCUACAGCAUCUUGGUGGGGAUCGCGACCACGCUGCAGACCACAACUGGGCAAGCUUUUGGAGCCCGAAAUUUCGAAGAGGUUUCUUUAAGUCUACAGCGAUGUACUCUGCUUUGCCUCGUCAUGCUGGGCCUGAUCGCCGCACUCUGGCUGAGCAGUGAACCACUGCUUCUGGCUGUGGGACAAGAGAAAGCCGUGGCUGCCCUUGCUGCGAGAUAUCUGAAGUAUCUGCUGCCGGGGGUGUGCUGCUACCUCGUCACGCAGUGCUCUCAGAACUGGUUGGCAGCCCAGCGCAUGACAGGCGUCCAGGCAACUGGAGGUCUUAUCUUGGCCGCAGUCUAUCUGCCCCUCUGCUGGGCCCUUGUCCACCCUCUGAAGCUAGGCUUCAUCGGUGCAGCUGUCGCAACAUCCCUGAGCAACGCAAUCCUCGCCUCAUGGAUGGUCUUUAGAACUUGUCGAGCUCUUCGAAGCGAACUGCCGAGAUCUUGGCAAGGCUUCUCCAGAUUGGCCUUCACGCGCUGGUCCCCGUUCCUAAAGCUGGCAGUGCCCAACUUUCUGAUGAUCUCAGAGUGGUGGGCUUCUGAAAUCAUUGUCCUGAUGUCCGGCACGCUUCCCGAAGCAGAGGUGAGCCUGACCGCGAUGGCUGUAUUCGCGAACACCUGCUCCAUCUGCUUUAUGCCGCCCUUGAGCUGGGGCAUGGCAGCGAACACCCGCGUCAGCAACGAGUUGGGUGCUGGACGGCCGCGUGCUGCCAAGUUUGCCUCGCAGGUGAACUUCUGUUCUGCCCUAUGCAUGGUCGUCACUAUCGCUCUCGGGGUGCUCCUGGGUCGCAGAGCCUGGCUCCGGCUCUUCACUUCGGAGCUCGAGGUGCUGGAUUAUGCUGAUCCAAUCAUGUCAAUCUGCUCGAUUUACGUUGCCCUGGAUGGCAUGUGCACU